CAUCAAAAAAAAAAAGAGAGAGAGAGAGGGAAGAAAAAAAAAGGGAUAUGAAAACAUCAAAAAUGAAGUUCACAAAAGAGAUGAUGGAGUCUAUCAAAGACAAGCUCCCAAGACUCAGCUUUCUCCUACUCUUCCUUCGUCAAUGCUACGGUGGUUGCGGGGACCGAACCCAUUUACUCCCUUGCUCCAUCGCCACCACUUCAACCCGCUUUUGGAACCUCUCUGACCGUCCCGUGGAGCUCCAGAUUCGGGUCGGUUCAGUCCUAAAACGGGUCCACACUCUCAAACCCGGGCGUUCCAAGAGGCUAAGACACAGCAACAUACACAGAGCUUACGUGGAUGACCAGGAAGGACGUAGGUGGUUGUACUACGACGAAACGUGUCUACCGUACGUAUGGGUGCACGAGACCGGUACGGACUUGUCGAAGAUGGUCAAGCAACAGUACGUGAGUCUCGAGGAUCUGAGGGAUUACUCGGAGAUUAAGGUUUUUAAGGAUUUACAUAGAGGUUGUGUCUCAGUUGAGAAAAGAGACAGAGCUUCUGCUUUUCUCUCUCUCUCUCUCUGCUUCUUCCUGUUCUGCUUUCUGUCUUGUCUCUUUCAAUUCUCAUUGUCGUUCUCACCAAUGGGAAUCUCUUUUAGCAACAACAACAACAACAGAAGACGAGACAACAAUCGUCGUCUCCUCCACCACCACCAUCCUCCGCCACCUUUCUAUUACAUCGAUCCUCCUCCUCCUCCAUCGCCAUUCCCACCGCAUUAUGACUACAACUACUCCAGUUACCAUCUCUCUCAGCCUCUACCCCCACAGCCUCAGAUCAACCCUUGUUACCAUUACUACCCUCAGCCUCCUCACUAUUUCACCACCGCUCAGCCCAAUUGGUGGGGUCCGGCGAUGAGGCCCGCCCAUUACGGUCCGCCUCAGCCGCAACCGCAACCGCUCCCACCGCCGUACGUGGAGCAGCAGAACGCGAAGAAGGUGAGGAACAACGUCAAUGUGCAUAGAGGUACAGUGAGGCUCGAAGUGGACGAUCUCGUCCCUGGCCACCUUCUAGUUUCCUUCGUCUUCGAUGCCCUUUUUGACGGCAGUUUCACUAUCACUUUCUUUGCUAAAGAGGAACCAAACUGCACGUUUGUCCCGCAGUUUCCCGAGGUCUAUUCACCAACUAGAUUCCAUUUUCAGAAAGGUCCUGGACAGAAGUUUCUGCAGCCUUCAGGGACAGGAACCGACUUGAGCUUCUUUGCUCUUGAUGAUCUGUCACAACCUUUAGAAGAAGAUGUGUAUCCGCUUGUUAUUUCAGCUGAGACGGUAAUAGAGCCAAAUCCCAUCUCAGAGCAAUCAUCAGUUCAUAAGCAAGUCACACAAGCGGUUCUCGAGAAGGAUAGUAAUGGAUCUUUCAAAGUGAAAGUUGUGAAGCAGAUUCUUUGGAUUGAGGGAGUUCGAUAUGAACUCCGCGAGUUGUAUGGCUCGACUACUCAAGGUGCAGCCUCGGGAUUAGAGGACAGUGGUUCGGGUAAAGAAUGUGUGAUCUGUAUGACUGAGGCUAAGGACACAGCCGUGCUGCCUUGCAGACAUUUGUGUAUGUGUAGCGACUGCGCCAAAGAGUUGAGGCUUCAGUCGAACAAAUGUCCGAUUUGUCGACAACCCAUCGAAGAACUCUUAGAGAUCAACGUGAACAGUAGUGAUGAACAACACUAGUUGUAAAGAAAAAAAAGGGGUUCUCCCUUUACUUAAAACACCAUUUCUUAGUUGAUUCUUUCUUCUUCUUUUUCAUAAAUCCUCCAUAUUCUGAAUCUGUAUUUUAAAUCAUUAUUGUGUGACUUCAUACUGCAUAUAGCUUUUGUUUGGUACAAAGGUUUGUUUGUUAGUUGGGAAAUAUCAGCUAUCCGUAUAGGUAGA